UAAGUGUUCAACACGCGACGUUAGUGCUAAUGGUCACCGUGUUUUUUUCAAUGGCGGAGCGAGUGAUGGAACGGAAUGAGUGACACGUCGCGUAAAGUGAAAAACCCGCUGCUCUCCGCCGCGGCAGUGGGUUUUCCCUUCGAGGACUUUUCGGGGAAUGCUGUGUUAAUGCCUGUAACGCCUGCGACCUCGUCGGUGCUUCAAGAUGAAGGUGAAAUAGCUAGCUUCGUAGGGCAGCAGCCUCCACCUCCGCCGUCAUCCUACCCUGCUGAAUUCAACGUCGGAUCAGCUGCUCGCCUUGACCACCAACAGCAGUAUCAGAAUCAACAGAGCGCGCCUGCCACCGCGGAAAUUAAUCUAUCGCCUCUUAACGAGCCUGGAGAUUCAACAGCCAGUGAAUCCGCCAUUCAACCCCAGAAGCAGGGCUAUCUAUCGUCGCUUCUUUCGUCGCUGCCAAACCUUUCCUUGGCUUCUAUCACCGGCGAUAACAGAGAAGAUUCCACUGCCCGCAUCUCCGCUGUUCCCGAUUACAAUUCGUAUCCCUCUAACUAUCCGCCAAGUAGCUAUUCCACUCCCCCGUACCAAUCCAGCAACGUUGGGCCAUCGCCUGGGCGGCAAGAAAAUCCUUACGAACUUGGAGCAACCACUGCAAGCUGGUAUCAACCGAAUAAUUCUGCUGCUCCAGCAGCUGCAGCUCCGCUGUUUACACCUCCGGCAUCUCAGCCUCCCCCCGCUGCUCUGCCCCCGACAGGAGCUCCGUCGUCGUCUUACAGACUCGGCAACCAGCGGCGACUCAAGUAUGCGCCUCCUCCGGAUCUGACGACUUCCAGUCCUCGGAUCAGCGGUCUAUCUCCACCCACCCCGUUGGUCCCGCAGCCGGCGUUUUCGCCUGCAGCCCCGCCGACGGUGUAUCAGCCUCAGCUUGCGCCAAGUCAAGUUCCGCCUCUAGCGCAGAGGCCUGAGUCCCAAAACGCGUUCCCGAGUGAGCAGAGAACUCUUUCACAGAGCAUAAAGCCGCCGAUCUCCGAGCCAGCAACGCCGCAAAACACCCCGGCGAAUCCGACGCCCUUAUCGACCUUCGCGCCUCCGACUCCGGGCCGCGACUGGGGCCCAGGGGUUGACGAAACUCGGCGAGACAGCGAGGAUGAUGCGCUGCGUGACGUAGACCUUCGCGAGCCCUCACCCUCGGCGUCGCUUCCGGUCCCGUCGGCGCCGGAAGUCGGUUUCACCCCGGAAAAUAAUCUUCCGUCUUCGUCCUCGUCACCGUUUGCCCCGAUCUCGGCGGCGCGGGUCUCUGAGAAACUUGAACAUCUUCUGGCCACCAGGAAGGAGCUUUCGCCGAAGGUCACCGAACGGGAGUCCCUCGAUUUUGGAGGCGAAAAGCUCGAUUCCACCCUUGUCUCAUCCACCGCGGCAUACUUCGCACCGACCCUCGAUCGGCCCGCGUCGAAUCCCAAUUUUUACGACCCGACCAAGUUCCAGGCGGAGAUCCAGCCACUUGGCAGGACUCCGGUGCCCCCGUCUACGACAUCGACGCUGCCACAACCCAGCGCGGUUCCGAGCUUUUACAACCCUUCGCAGUUCUCCACUCCGGCGGAUCCUCAGCCUCAGCUACAGACGCAGUCUCUUUCGGUGCUGGAAAGUUUCGCCCCUGUUUACAAUCCGCAGAGCUACUUCUACCCUCCGGCCUCGAACGCAGCUUUGCCUGACGAUCCUCUCGGAAGCGGAAACAGCCACGAAAACCCGGCGUCUUAUUUCACCCCUCCGUCUCCGCCUAUGGGAGUCGCCGUUCCUGAACCCACUGGAUCCGCCACUCUUGAUCCCAUUCAGAUGUCAGUUAAUCCCCUUGGGAGUUCUGGACACGCGAAUACCUUUGACAGUGGACUGCCAAAUCUACCUCCGAGUCUACAUAAUUUGGCCGCAGGCACCUCGGCACCGAGACAGAUGACGUACCGGCCGGUUUACCAGCACUGGUUCCACCGCAAGGAGGUGGAGACCAAGGUGCUCUGGCUGCCGUUCUCAAUGCAGGACAGUCUGAACCUGGAACAGGUUCACAACUCGACUGAAAUCACUCCCGAGACCACCGUCGCUACCGAGGGCGGGCGGUACGACGUCGACAUCCUCAGGCGACUUAGGAAACCUGUAUACUGGUCCGGGGCCCCGAACGAGGUUCGGAGGUGCUCCUGGUUCUACAAAGGACCCACCGAGUCCCGGUACGUUCCCUACGAGGAGAGCGUCGCCGCCAGACUUGAGGAGGAGUACCAGCAGGCCUGCAACACGGAUGCAUGGGGUAGGCGAAUCGAACUGAACAACGGGGAGCACAUCAUCUUUCACAGCCCCACUGUCCAGGUCCAUUAUCUACAGCCUGGAUCCCCGGAGCCGACUACGUCCUGGGGGAGCAAUAGCGGUUCAGAGGACAGUGCGUAUUUGCAGGGCACGACGCUGCGGCCGCGCGUCGUUAAACGAGGAGUCGACGAGUUCAACAUCGACGAGGGUGAGCCUGAGCAGGUCGACCACCUUCUCUUCCUUGUACACGGCAUCGGAAGCGUUUGCGAUCUCAAGUUCAGAAGCGUCGAAGAAGUUGUCGACGAAUUUCGCAGCAUAUCUCUGCAGUUGGUUCAAUCCCACUACCGUACAGCGAGUGAGCAGGGAAUAGUGCACAAAAUGGAGGUGUUGCCGAUAUCCUGGCACACAACGCUGCACUCCGAGGACACCGGGAUCGACAAGAAGCUGCAAGCAAUAACGCUCGACAGCAUACCGAAGCUGAGGUACUUCACGAAUGACACUCUGUCCGACAUACUCUUUUAUACCAGCCCGAUAUACUGCCAAACGAUUAUGCAAACCGUCGGUCACGAGAUGAAUCGGCUCUAUGCGCUGUUCAAGAAGCGGAAUCCUACCUUCGAUGGCGGAGUCUAUCUCGGUGGUCAUUCCCUGGGGAGUCUGAUAUUGUUCGAUCUCUUGUGUCACCAGAAACCACCGAAGAACGAGGAGGAAGACACGAUCAAGGAGAAGCUUGAGGAGGAGAAGGAACCCGGCGACGAGGCGGUCAAGGAUGACGACGUAGUCAACACGGUGAAAGAGCCGAAAGCGAAGCCUCGGAAGAGUAUGCUCAGCCGGAAAAUCAGCUACGUAAUGGGCUCGGCUGGCACCGGUCAACCCUACAUCAAUUAUCCUCAGCUCCAUUUUCAUCCCAGCGCCUUCUUCGCCCUUGGAAGUCCAAUCGGGAUGUUCGUAACUGUUCGUGGCAUUGACACCCUCGGUGAAGACUUCGCUCUUCCCACCUGCCCCGCUUUCUUUAAUAUCUUUCACCCCUUCGAUCCCGUCGCCUAUCGAAUCGAGGCUCUCAUUCAUCCGGACGCGAGCAAGUUUCGCCCAAAGCUCAUUCCCCAUCACAAAGGAAGAAAGCGGAUGCAUCUCGAAUUGAAGGAAACGAUGGCUCGCGUUGGGGCGGAUCUGAAGCACAAGCUCCUCGACUCAGUGAGAAGUACUUGGAACUCGGUUUAUCAGCUAGCCAUGUUCCACAGAUCGGACAACCAGGCGUUGGAGCAGGAAAUUGACAAGGUGGUCGAGGAACAAUUGAACAACGCGUCAAGCGAGCCCGUGAACAGCCAAGUCGAGGACUCCGGCGAUGACAUCAAGAUCGGGAAAUUGAACGGCGGUAGAAGGGUGGAUUAUGUUUUGCAAGAAGCCCCGUUCGAGUACAUAAACGAAUACAUAUUCGCACUCACGAGUCACGUGUGUUAUUGGGAAUCGGAGGACACGAUGCUGAUGAUGCUGAAGGAGAUAUACGGCUCGAUGGGAAUUCAAAGCGACGCACAGCUGCCUCAGCAAACAUUGACAAUAGAGAGAGCACCGCUGUCGACGGUUGUUAUGCCGCGAGCAAAUCAGCCCGCCUACACGAGCAAUCCCGGCACGUCAGCCGUCGCUGAGUCUAGUUUCGACGGUAAAAGUACACCGGUUGUAAUGGGAAUGGAUCCGACAGCUCCGAUAAGCGAGAGGCCUGUGGGACCUCCACCCACUACCGGAUUCCUUCGAAAGUCGUGAUCCGAUACCUUUGCUGCCAAACACCGCGAUCAAAUACUCGCUCAACUAGUUUGACGCUCCGAUUGUUUCACGAACACGUAGAACGAGAAGGCAAAGAAGGAGAAGUAGAACAAGGAGCGAAAGAAGAUGACAAAUGACAGUAGAAUUAUAUGCCGAAUAUAUACAGUAUCGAAAGUUUAACGAAAUGCCUUUUGCGCAAUCAAAACAUUAUUCACAACUUUCAACGAAGGUACCUACGCGAGAUAAUUUUCAAUUUUUGCGACCAAGACCAACUCGAGGUACUUUUUGGUUUUUCUUGUCUUUUUGCCUGUACGUAUUUCUCUUAUUUUUUAGUUUCCUAUCGCUGAGCUAUUCGCCACAUCGUCUUCACCAUGUAUAAACUUUUUAUUUCUUUCAAAUAUGUUCUCAUUCUACUAAUGUUUCUUUUUUUCUCUCAAGUGGUUUCAAAAUAUGUAUAUAUUGAAUAACAUAAUCAAAAAACUAUUUUUCUUCCUCUUUUUUUUUUGUAAAAUAUAAAUAUCUAGAUAUACGAAUAAAAUACUAUAUUAAUAUUUAUUAAAAUCCGGAUACAGAUUAUUUGUGUAUUUUAAUAAAUUGAUAUUCUUCUAAGAAUUGAUUUCCACAGAUUUGUCCUUUCCAUGACUUGUUAACAAUGUUGUUUCAAUUUUUAAUUGGACAUAUGUUACAGCAACAAUUCCGACUCUCGUACACGAUGAAAAACGAUAAUUCGGGUCUAUUUAGCGUUAGUCCAACGCGAUGACAAAUUCAGCGACAGACGAUACCGUGCUUGGUUUUUUCCUCAUAUCGAAUAUUUGCGAUCAGCCGUUUCCUGUCGUUAAUUCUGCUGUAUAGAAAGGGUAAAAUAAACCAACCUACGUCGCGGAUAACCAAUGAUCGACAGAUAUCUUCGUCUCUCUUUUAGUUCCCGGAUUGAAGCACCUCGUGCGGAGAAUUUUACCGCGCAAUUGGCAAUUUAGCACGCGCGCGCAGUUCGCGCAAGCGCCGCGGAAUUUUCGAGCUUUCGAAGCGGUUGAAACACGUCCGCCCUUUUCCUCCCUGUCCUCGUUUCUCUCUCCUUCUAUUCCUCUUUGUAUUCCUCUAUUACUCUCUCUCUAUUCUCUUCCUCUCCUUUCCUCUCGACCCGCUGCACCGGCUGUCGUUAUAUGUACCUACAUGUGCACUUCGAAGAGUUCGUCGCCGCCGCCGGCGUCGUUGUCGCGGUUUCUUGGCCGCGGUGCCGCACACAAAGAUACGUUGGGAAUCUCGACUAUUCCGUUUCGGAGGAUUUGCUCUGCGCCCUAUUCUCACAAAUUGGGAAUGUCAGGGGAUGCAAAGUCAUCAGAGAGGGCGGGGUUAUAAUUCGAGAAAAUAAAGAACUUUGCGGUUUGAUAAUUCUAUGGAAACAAUUCUUGGAUUUCUUCAACUGAGAUAAGGAACCGGGAGAAUAGUUUGAGUUAUGGACGAAAUAAAAACUUGCUCAAAUUCAUGGCUGCCGUAUCUUUGAACAAACGCACGAGGUCGCAGAAAAUCUUAGCGCAGGCGUCGGCGCGAUGCGCACGAGUAGCAAAAAGUGCGCGCGCGCAUCCACGCGGAUCAGAAUUAUACGGUCGGAACGUUUCACGAAGGUGGUUCCAGAUCGUGACUACAUCGCACAGCUAUUUGGGAAAUGAAACUAAACACAAAGAAGUUAACAAAUACGAAGAUUUUAACGAAAGAUAAUUCUUCCUCUGCCUGGGAACGCGUGUAACAAAACUCGCCAGACGUUAUGUGAACUGUUUCAAAAAGAAAAAAAAGAACUCGAGGCGCGGUACGACACGGAAA